GGAGUGACGGGGGGAAGGAGGGAGGGACGUUCCAACGCUCUGUUAUUGCUCUCUGCCAUUCCCUUUAUGAACUGAAGACCAGAAACAAGAGAGAACUUGAGCUUAAGAUGGAUUUUAUCACCUCAAUUUAAACCAGAGGACACAUUUCUUCACUUUUCUUCAUUACUCUUUUGAAGGAUAACUUGGAGUGUUAAGUGCUCAAACCUGCACCAUCACAGCAGCAGGUAAGAUGAGGUCCAAAAGCAGCAGGGUGGAGAGUCCAGCUGAUGRGGUCCUGGUGGUUCCACCAGGUGACCAUGACAUCAACCAAGAGCAGGAAGCAGGUGUGCCCGUGAAGAGCCUGAAGGCCAGAGUUCAGCUGGAGGAAGGUGAGUUUGAGCCAGAUGUGAUCCCUGAUAAAGAGAAGCUGCUGUUGGAGUCCACGGAGGCAGCUGGGGACAAACGAGGGGACCUCAUGGAUCUGUCCAAAGAGGACCUGCUGAAACUGCUGGGAAUCAUGGAAGGAGAAGUUCAGGCCAGGGAGGAUGUUAUCUACAUGCUGAAAUCCAAGCAGACGCCUCCRGAGGUCUUUGAGUCACAGUAUGGAUGUGUGGCCCCAGGCUCGGCCCUGAAAGCUCUGCAGAGGGACAGCUUCAUCACUGGCACCAAGCAGUCCAACCCUAGUGUUUACCAAAAACCCAUGKCUGAGCUGAAGCGUCUGCAGGAGAAGCACAGGGAGACGUACAGUCGGAUGCUGGGCCAGCUGCUGCUGGCUGAGAAGUGCCACCGCCACACGGUGCACGAGCUGGAGACGGAGAAGCACAAACACGUUGAUUACAUGAACAAGAGCGACGACUUCACCAACCUCCUGGAGCAGGAGAGAGAAAGACUGAAGAGGUUGCUUGAAAACGAAAAAGCCUACCAAGUCCGGAAAGAGAAGGAGCACUCCAAACGUCUGGCCAAGGUGCGAGAGGAACUGGUCAAACUCAAGUCCUUCGCCUUGAUGUUGGUCAAUGAGCGCCAGCAGCACCUGGAGCAGAUGGACCAGCAGAACCAGCGGGUCCAGGAGCUCAGCGCGCAGCUCCAGCAGCGGGACCAGGCUUUGAAUGAAGCCAGGGAGAGCGCUCAGGAGGAUGCCCGCCGGGUGCAGAGUCUUGAGGCCAAGGUCAAGGAGAAAUCCAGCAAAMUCGCCCAACAACAUGAAGAAAUGAGCACCAAGCUGUCCAGUCGGGAGCUCCAAAAUCGACAACUUAACGCUGAAAUUUUGGAGCUCGCCCACAGCGUAGAGGAGCUGGAGCAAAGCAACAGAGCUUUGAAGAAGUCUGAGGAAGAAAUGCAGGAGUUAAGAGAGAAGAUCAGCAAAGGGGAGUGUGGCAGCUCUAACCUGAUUACUGAACUGGACAAUCUGCGGAAGCGGGUGCUUGAGAUGGAGGGAAAGGAUGAGGAGAUUACCAAGACAGAAAAUCAAUGUAAGGAGCUAAGAAAGAGGCUAGAAGAGGAGAAUAACAAGAGUAAAGACCUCAGGCUGGACGUAGAGAGGCUCCACAAAAGGAUGAUGGAGUUAGAGAAGCUUGAGGAAGCAUUCAGUGUUAGCAAAGCUGAGUGCGCACAGUUGCAAACUGCUCUAGAACGAGAAAAAGUCCUGACCAAGGAGCUUUCAGAUGAAGUGAUAGCUCUUAAGAUCCGUAUGAAAGAGCUCGAGUCUUCUGAAAUCAAGUUGGAAAAGUCCGAGUUAAGCCUCAAAGAUGACCUGAGGAAGCUCAAGUCUCUGACUGUUGCUUUGAUGGACGAGCGAAAGACACUGAUGGAAACUGUGAAGUCAGAUGAAAAGAAAAAAGACGAACUGAGCGAGACGGUCAAACUUGAGCAGGCCAGAGUUAUGGAUGUGACUGAGAAACUGAUAGAGGAGAGCAAAAAGCUCCUGAAACUAAAAUCUGAAAUGGAAACCAAAGUGGAGGCUUUAACGGCUGAAAAAGGGGAGCUCAGUGCUAAGCUAGCUUAUGAAACCGAUAAAACAGAGGAUCUCAACUUUAAGAUAAGCCAAAUGAAAAAGAAGCUGGAUGGAUUUGAGCAAGCGGAAAAGCUGUCUGUGAGGAAUUCAGUGAUUUGUGAUCUGGGACGAAUGUCUGACCCCAAUGGGAAGGAAGACAACAAAGUUAAAGAGCUGACGUUUGAAAUCGAGCACCUGAAAAACCGUCUGAAACAACUUGAAGUGGUGGAGGGAGAUCUGAUGAAGACAGAAGAUCAGUAUGACGUGUUGGAGAAAAAAUUCAUGACCGAAAAGGAAAAAGCAAAUGUCCUUUCCCAGCAGGUGGAGGAAAUGAAGAACCAGAUAUUACGGAACAAAGCCAUUGAGAAAGGAGAAGAGGAAAGCCGGGAGGAAGAUCUCAGACAGCGAUGCAAGAGAGAAGAAGCCAAAACCAGAGAGCUACAAGCCGAUGUGGUAGCUUUAAAGGAGAAGAUCCACGAUCUGAUGCACAAAGAAGACCAGCUUUCUCAGCUCCAAGUGGACUACUCCAUCCUACAACAGAGGUUCUUGGAGGAGGAAGAAAGGGCUAAGAACAUGGGAACUGAGGUUUUCCAUCUCACCAAAGAGCUAGAAAUAGCAAAGCGUCAAAGUCGGGCACUACGACCCAGCCUAAAUGGCAGGAGAAUGGUGGAUGUAGCUGUCACAUCCACUGGAGUACAGACAGAGCCAUCAUCUGCUGAACCAGCAGAGGAGGAUACACCGGCUGGCUUCAUCAGAAAGUCCGUUCAAGAAGAGAAUCAUAUUAUGAAUAACAUCAGACAGAAAUGUCUGAAGAAGCCCACUGAAAAAAGCAGCACUGCUGAUCGCUGCCCUUCGACCGGCAGCGACUUUGGAAUUAAAAAAUCCUGGAUUCCCUGGAUGAGGAAAAAGGAGACCACUCCUCAGGAGAGCGGUCUAGUGAAACCUCUAAACAUCAAUGGGGAACAUUUGMCUUCUAAACUGAUCGCACCUCAAACCCAAGGGCAACCUUUACACAUCCGAGUGACACCAGAUCACCAAAACAACAUUGCCACCCUUGAAAUCAGCAGCCCGACCGCUGAGGAUGUUUUCUCCAACUCGGCCCCCCUCAGCCCCAACCCAUCUCAGCCGAAAUCCAGGAUCACAAUCAUUCCCACCURCUCUGUUCCAACCACUCAAAGAAAAACACCCACUGGACUUCAGCGUCCCGAACGAGCUAAGUCUCCGGUCACAAUCACGACAGUAUCCAGGGCUAAGUCUCCAGAAAGCAGUCGACUCUCCUCRUCUACCUCAGGAAGACCGCUGUCUCCGGUUUCUGUUAUGACAAUCAGCAAAGCUGUGGUGCCUGAGACUUCCCGAGAACCUCAGGAGAUGACCAUGGGACGGGCUGUGUUCAAGGUUACCCCUGAGAAGCAGAUGGUCCCAAUAUCUGUCCGUAAGUGCCAAAACAAUGGCAGCAUCAUCACCACUACAGAUGAUAACAAGAUUCACAUCCACCUGGGCAACAGCAACCCCCCAAAGAUGGUGGUCAGACCAGUGGCUAGUGUAACAGAAAACAAAGARCUGACCCUAUCAACUGGGACAGUUUUGCGCUCUCCACGCCAAAUCACAACCACUACAACCAGGAGCAUGCAGACAAAAGUGUCAAGCAGCAUCACCAUAUCUACUGUUACAUCUACAACUCCAAGACCCACCCAAAGCACGAUUGGGCAUGAACCCCAGCCAACUCGCACGGGUCUUACCCGUAUCCCAAUGUCCAAGAGCCUGAAGGCCGGAAAAGCAGCUUCCCCGGGGAUCUCAAGUGGACUGAAGCUGGAGUCUCGGACUGAGAGUCAGUCUGUGAGGAUAGAAGUCAAAAAAUCCACUGUGAAUAGCAGUUCUAUACAAAAUGGAGGGAAAGCUUGACUGACAACCAUUCAUCCAUUUUCUGUACCUGCUUGACCMUUGAUUCAGUGUCAUGUGGAGCACAGUCCAUCACACAGUUUACCUGAUGUAAUAUACUAUAAGCAGCAAAAAUCUAAUCGUUGUGGUGCUUCACAAAGAGCAAUACAAAGCUGUAUGCUCUGAUUCAACUCAGCAAAAAACUCAAAGGCAUUUUAGUAAUGUAAAAAACCAGCCAUUUAUUUUUAUGCUUGUGAAUUGUUUUAAUGUUUGUUCACACAUUUUUGCAUUUUAAAUGAAAAUACUUUGUUUUUACAGAAAGUUUUGCGGGGUACUUUUGGGUUAAAUAUUAUAGGCAUAUAUAAAUAUAUCUGAUUGUGAUGCUAACAUUUUGUUGUUGUUUUGAUUGUUACACAAAUAAGUUUUCUGAAUAUUUUGUAAAACCAAUCGUCUCUGAUAAGUUAUGCAAUUGUGUUUUUGUAUGCUUGUGCUGUAAAUAGAUUUUACAGAUAAAUAUUUUAAAUAAAUCUUAUGUCUACA